AUGGCUACAAAACAUAUAUUUGGAAACGAGCUUAUUCCAUAUGGACAAGCUCUGUUUGAAGAGCUUGAACCGGAAACUCAGGAAAGAGUCAUGCAAACAAUAAGCGAAGACUCAAAUACAAACUAUGACAAAAUCUUUCUAGGAUAUAGGUUACCUGAGAUGGGCGACCAGAGCCCAAAGGCAAAAAGGACAUGGGAAAUUUACAACAUACUAGGUGAACAUGAGGCAAAGAUGCAACAACUUGAAGCAGAGGGCAAGUUACCAAAAGCGACACCAAAGAAGAAGAGAAGAGUAGAACAAAGUGAAAGUAGUGAAGAAGUAACUUCAUCUAGUGAAAGUAGUGGCAAUGAAGGAAAAAGAAGAGUUAAAAACUCAGUCAGGAAGAAAGUAAAGCUUGGUCCGAGUGGGUUCUAUUAUGACACAUAA